ACUGCGGUGGGCCCCGGUGCUGCGGCAGCCGCAGCGCCGGCCGCGGCUCGGGCUCCCGCUCCCGGGCAUUUAAAGGGGACGCGGCGGCGGCCCGGGGGGAUGGGGGCCAGGUGGAGGGGACGGCUUAGACGCACAUCAUCCACGGUCCCUCGGGACUGGAGGGACUCGUGAGCCGAAGCCCAGAAAUCCGGGGGUGGAUAAGACACCGCGUCCCCCCAAAUUCCCCCUGAGGGAGAAACUCAGAGAUCCUGACCUCUUUUGGAGACCCUUUUGGUGACCACAAAAGGAUUUGAUCACUCAGGACAAAGCUGCCAGAGGAGCUCUGGACAACGGCUGGCAGCCAACAGAGUCCCUAGAGGUGGUGCUCAGGGUGAUGCACUGACAAUGACUGGGUGUCUUCCAGUUGCUGGCCUCCGAUGCCUGACUAGGGUCUUGGAUGUGCCAGCGCCUCUGGCCGUGGCCUUCUAACCAGCCUCUCCCCGGCCGGCUCCCGCCGCGCCCCCUUUCGCUUGUCCCUUCCUCCUCCUCCUGCACCCCUUCCUCCUGCUCCCAGGACAGCGGGAUGGCUGCGCAGGGCACACCGCGCUUCCUCCUGACCUUCGACUUUGACGAGACCAUCGUGGACGAAAACAGCGACGACUCGAUUGUGCGCGCUGCGCCAGGCCAGCGGCUGCCCGAGAGCCUGAGAGCCACCUACCGCGAGGGCUUCUACAACGAGUACAUGCAGCGCGUCUUCAAGUACCUGGGUGAGCAGGGCGUGCGGCCGCGGGACCUGCGCGCUAUCUACGAGGCCAUCCCCCUGUCUCCGGGUAUGGGAGAUUUGCUACAGUUUGUGGCCAAGCAGGGCUCCUGCUUCGAAGUUAUUCUCAUUUCGGAUGCCAACACUUUCGGUGUAGAGAGCGCCCUGCGUGCCGCCGGCCACCACGGCCUGUUCCGUCGCAUCCUCAGCAAUCCCUCCGGGCCUGACGCUCGGGGACUGCUGGUGCUGCGGCCCUUCCACACACACAGCUGCACGCGCUGCCCAGCCAACAUGUGCAAGCACAAGGUGCUCAGCGACUACCUGCGCGAGCGGGCCCACGAUGGUGUGCACUUCGAGCGCCUCUUCUACGUGGGCGAUGGUGCGAACGAUUUCUGCCCCAUGGGGCUGCUGGCGGGCGGUGAUGUGGCCUUCCCGCGCCGUGGCUACCCCAUGCACCGCCUCAUUCAGGAGGCACAAAAGGCCGAGCCCAGCUCCUUCCGCGCCAGCGUGGUGCCCUGGGAAACCGCCACGGAUGUGCGCCUCCAUCUGCAACAGGUGCUGAAGACAUGCUGAGCACUGCCGCCUGGAGGGGGCGCCCCGGCGAGAGGGCUGAGGAAGGGCAGGGAGGGGGAAUUGGGAAAGACAAACCUAGUUUUACUACUCCCUCUUCCCUUUUCGCUUUGCUAUGUCCCUCCGGUAAUUUCUGGAAUUUCGUUCUGGGAGAGGUUCGAAACGGUCCCUAUCUAUGCAGUUGACCCAGAUCUGCUGCCGUCCCCAGUUCCACGGCAAACAGUUCGAUUCUGGAGUCUGUCCAUAGCGGAGUGGUGUGCAUACCCUGAAGGACAGCAGCGUUUCCAAAACCCUGUGCUCCGAACUGGGAGGAAGGGGCUCCUUGGCAGAUGAGAAAACGAACACCUCCCACUGCUUUAACUGUUGCCUCCGCUGCGUGACCUCCCCUCCCCCAGUCUUCUCUCAAGGGGACCCAGGACCCCAAGCUCCUCAUGGCCGCACCGGACUUUCCGUGGAGACAGAUCCUCUCUGCUGACAGCUCCAGACCUCCUCGAUCUUGCUUCAGCCACGGAAAUCCCACACUAUUUCUGUACUCGCAACACCUUGCCGACCCCCUCCCAGCCCACCAGCACCUCUAAAUGGAAAACAACAACAAAACAACAGAACAAAACCCAGAGGGAACAGUCGCCUCCUGGUGGUAGAACGAGGUAGUACACCGUCCACCUCCGUUAAGACCAGCCAGGGACUUCACAGCGUGCGAAGGUAUCUCCUCGCACCGAGUCUCGUCUAUGCAGCAAGAGCCCAGGGACUUCACCAAAAUCAUCCUCCACGUCCCCCUCUUUCCAUAUGGGACAGAAAGCCAUGAUGUUUUAAAGCAGAGUCAGGGAAAACCAAGCCCCUUCUCCCUCUGGUGUUUGAGAACUAUAAAGGAGGUGAAGGGGGA